CCUUCGCUUCCCCGCUCCCUCCCUCCUUCCCCAUGUAAACCAACCAAUCCCACCGCUAUCCCACCACUUACUCCACCAAUUCACCCUCCAUAUCCGUCGUCUCUCUUCCAGUUCUUGUUCUUUUCUUCGUGUAAAUAAUAAGACGAUUCCAUCGUGUAAAUAACAAUGCGAUUCCAUUCAUUCGUUUUCUCCGUGUCCCAGAUCUCUCGCUAGGGUUUCCCCAAUUCCCCUUCGCAAAACCCUAGCUUCCUAUUUACCGCAAGAAAACCCUAGCUUCCUUCUCCAAUGGCCGCAGAUACCAAGGACCUCCGCCUCCCCCCCGCCGGCGAUCUCGCCGACGGCGGCGGCGCCGACGACCACCCCUCCACCUCCGCCUCCCGGAAGGUCAAGCUCCUUUGCAGCUACGGCGGCAAGAUCCUCCCCCGCCCCAGCGACGGCGCCCUCCGCUACGCCGGGGGCGACACCCGCAUCAUCACGGUGCGACGGCAUUCUCCCUUCCCUGAGUUCGUGCGCAAAAUGGCGGACGCCUACGGCGGGCCCACCCUGAUCCGCUACCAGUUCCCCGGCGAGGACCUCGACAACCUGAUCUCCGUCUCCACCCCCGAGGACCUCGAGAAUAUGAUGGAGGAGUACGAUAAGCUCGCCCUGGCCUGCCCCGAUGGCUCCACUUCGAAGCUUCGCGUCUUCCUCUUCGCUCCCUCCGACCUCUCCGCCAAUUCCUCCUCCUCCUCCUCCGAUCUCCACGACAUUGGCCUAUCCUACAUCGAGGCCGUCAAUGGGCUUGACGGUGGCAUGUGGAGGAAGGACAGCAUUGCGAGCUUGUCGUCGACUCAGACCGAGGCUGUUGCCGAUGGCCACAUUGAAGGUACGUCACCAUCCCUUCUAUCUCCCACUGCCAUAGCUCCCCGCGACCCAUCAAGAUUGGUUUUUGGGAGUGCCGGUGGGAAGGUUGCAUCGAUCCCGGAUGUACCUGGUGUGCCAUCAGUUCCGAGUUCCGGUGUUCAUGUGCAAAUCUUGAACUCUAAUUGCUCUGAAUUGCCUCCUUCGAUAGCACCUUAUGACCCUCAGGGCUUUGUCGAACCACAGCAUGCCCAUAUUAUGAAUCCCCAAUCUUUGGGGAUGGCGGGAGUACCUCAGUCGGUUAAUAUACUUGGUGUUGCACCCCCACAUUCGUAUGUGCCGGCCAUGAACUUUAAUAUUGCUCUUGCAACUUCCCACGUUAGUAGCACACUACCGGUGCAAACAAGGGUGGACACGCAUAUAGAAGACAACCCAUUUGGUGGAAGGUUAACACAGCUCCCCAGUGAUCCAAACAAUAAGCCUCUGUCCCAGUUCCCACCUUUGCCACCAAUGUACUUGCAGCCGAAGAAUGGGGAGCCAUAUGGGUUGCAUCCACUAUUACCAUCGGCAAAUGAGCAGACAGUGAGAUUACAGGAUUGCAACCUUUGCCAGAAUUCCUUGCCGCAUGUGUAUUCUGAUACACUGACAGCCGAGCAUGGGAAUGCAUCAGGAAGUGCGAUUCCUGAGACUGGCCGGGUGCUCCAAAGUCACCACUCAGAUAGCAUGGUAAGGCUGCAGGCGAUGCCAAAAUUAAUUGCUGGAGCUGUGGCAGACAGUGGAGUGGGAACCCAGGCUGAAAGUGUUGUUCCUGGAGCUAAGUUUGAGGCCUAUGAGUUCGCUAGAGUCCCUGAGAUACAACAUGACCAUGAGAGACUGGUGCUUCCAAACGCAGCAAAUCUUAGCCACGCCAAGGUUUUUGUCCCACCAGUUACUGUGGGUCUGCCAGGUAAUAAGCAAGCAUCUUAUGGAAUGUUCAUCCGUCCUCCGCAAUCUCAUCAUGAAGACUUCAUGCAACAGCAAUUGCCACAGACUAUGAGAUUACCUCAGUAUCCGGCUAAACAGGAUGUGAUUGCUAAACCUUCUUUUGCUGAUGGUGGUUCAGUUGGAAAAUCAAGUAUUCAGGAAGCAGAGCAGUUAGUCCAAGAUUCUGUGCCUGUAAUUACACAUGACCAUGUUAAACCUAUCAAUGGGAUGGUGGAGGUGCUUCCUGCCGGUCAAUCUGAGACUCCUAGGCUUCCUGAGCAAUGGAAACCUGCUGUUGCACCUGAUAUUGGCAUUUCCAAUGAUCGAAGAUUGAAGAACUCACCUCUGGUUGUAGAGAACAGUCAUCUGGUCAGACCACAAGUUGGAGGAAAUGUGAUGCCUAUCAGUAAUGACUUUAUCAAUUGUAGAAUUGUUCCAGAGGGAAAUACUGGUAUUCCAGUUGAUCCACUGUCAUCUACUUCUUUGGAUGUUACUUUCUUGCAUAAUGUUCAACUGCCAAACAGCAGGGGGGUAUCAACCAUGACAGGUAACAAUGGAGCAUACCCAUGUUAUAUGGAAACUAGGGUUGGACCUGUUAGUGAAAAGUUUCCUGGAGUGUCCAAACACUCUAACAAUUUUGCCUACAGUGAUAAUACCGUCCAUAAAAUUCCUAGUGUGGACCGUAAAAAUGAAAAUCCUCAGUUCCACCCAAAGGAAGUGAUAAAUAACAUAUCAAUCACCAAAAGUGACAACUCUCAGUUACCGUUGUCUAUCGCCAGAUGUCACUCCGGGAAUGAAGAGCCAUUGCAAGAAAAAUUUUCACAGGACUCGCUAUUUUGCAAUGAGGAUACUUGGAAAAUUGUGGGGAAUAUGCAUGGACUGCUGCCAAGAGCUAGAAUGGUUCCUAGCAAAGAGUCUGUGACUAUGGAGGAUUUCUGCACCGAUGACCAUUCAGUAAACAGCAAAGGGUCACAUAUAUCUGUAGCAAUAGAGGAAUGUGGUCUACACCACACACAAGAUUCUCUGAACAAGGACUCAUGCAUGGAACCUGUUCAACCCAUGAAAGGAGAUAAGCAUAUUAAGCAAGAUGCAGCAGCUUUUACCGAGGGAGCAGCGCCAUCAACAACCCAGUCUUCUGAACCUCCAGUGCCUGACAUUUUUUCUCACGAGCCAAAGGAAUCUGGUCCUCCAUCCAAUAAAGGAAGUGGAACUAACAAGACUAAUUUAAACACAAACGAUUUCUCGAGUGGGGUUAUCAAGUCCAAACAGUCAGAGAAGAUUCUUCUUGGAUUUCCAAAUGCAGAUGACUUUGGACGCCUGCAGAUAAUAAAGAAUACUGAUCUGGAAGAGCUGCAAGAACUGGGUUCUGGAAUGUUUGGAACGGUAUAUCAUGGAAAAUGGAGGGGCUCUGAUGUUGCAAUAAAAAGAAUCAAUGAUAGAUAUUUUUCUGGGAAGCCAUCAGAACACGAACGCAUGAGAGCUGACUUUUGGAACGAGGCUUGCAAGCUUGCUGACAUGCACCACCCAAACAUUGUGGCAUUUUAUGGUGUUGUUCUGGACGGGCCCGGGGGAUCCAUUGCAACAGUAACUGAGUACAUGGUCAAUGGUUCGCUCCGACAUGCUUUGCAGAAGAAUAACAAGCCAUUUGAUCGACGUAAACGCCUUCUAAUUGCGAUGGAUGCAGCAUUUGGAAUGGAAUACUUGCAUAGUAAGCAAAUUAUACACUUUGACUUGAAAAGCGACAAUUUACUAGUCAACUUAAGGGAUCCUAAGCGGCCAAUAUGCAAGGUCUGUGACCUCGGCCUUUCUAAAGUGAAAUGCCAGACCCUAAUCUCUGGUGAAGUGCAAGGAACACUCCCCUAUAUUGCUCCAGAAUGUCUACAUGGUAACGAGAGUCUGGUAUCUGAAAAGAUUGAUGUGUUCUCUUUUGGGAUUGUGAUGUGGGAGCUCCUUACAGGAGAAGAGCCAUAUGCAGACCUGCACCAUGGAGCCAUUUUAGGUGGGAUUGUGAGCAACACCCUCCGGCCUGCAGUGCCUGAUUCUUGUGACCCUGAUUGGAGAUCAUUGAUGGAGCAAUGCUGGUCUGCUGAAGCAUCAGAGAGGCCAAGCUUCGCAGAGAUUGCUAGCCGGUUGCGUUCCAUGGCAGCUUCUCUUCCCCAGGAUUAGGUUACUUACGCCAAAAGUCUGUGCCUUGGAAACGAUCAAGGCUUACACUCUUUUAUCGUGGGGGUACUCAGCUGCCUGUAUGUGGCCUUCUUAUGCAGCAAAACCUUUGGGAGGAAAGGGUAUACCAUUUAAAAAAUGUAAUAGAAGAAUCUGUCCAUAAUACUUGUGAAUAAUACUCUUGAUUUUUUCCAUUUUUUGGUACAACAGUGCCCACCUAUGUUUCUCAGAACCACGAUUUUGCUUUUCAUCAAUUCUGUUGGCUGCAACUUGAUGGACAGUGACCAUUUAAUAACUCAGCCUAAUUUUCAUGGCUGAAGAUAUUUUGAUUUGGUUCUUUCUUGAUA